GGAGGCGGAAAAGUGAAGGCAUCCGAAGGCGCCGCAGGUGCUUCUUCAGAGGGGACGGGGAAGGGCUUCGGGGUGGGGGGGAGAGAAGGAGAAGCGCCGAGCCCUCGGUUGCCCUGCGCGGGCAGAGAGAGUCCUUUCGGAGAGAAGAAGCGGGUGCGAGGACACAGGCGCAGGAGAGGGCAUGGUGCGGUGUGGGAGAGCCGGCCGCCCGCCCCCACCUGCCGUCGCCCCUCUCCGGGCCGGUGAAUGAGGCUCUCCGCCCGGGCCGGCCCGGGGGCUGCGCGCCGCGGGACCCCAGCAUGAGUGCGGGCCCCGGCUGCAAGCCCUGCAGGAAGCGAGCCCGCUGCGGCGCCCCGAAAUCGCCGCCGCCCUCAGCCCCCGAUCCCCUGAGCCAGCCCGGAGAACAGAGGCAGCUGUCGGCCCCUCAGGUCGUCCCGGGGCAGGCCAUCCUGUCUGCUCUGUGGCAGAGGCCGCCGUCGUCCCCAGCCGCCGGCUCCCCGGGACCAGCAGCGUCACCGCACAGCGUCAGCUCGAGCGGCAAGUUGGGGAACAAAGUUUUCAAACAAAAGACAAUUACCACUUGGGUGGACACUAAAGGAUUCAAGACAGGGUCAAAAAGUUUGCAGAGUAAAGAUACCAUCAUAGCAGCAGGAUCUAAGAUGAGUUCUAUACAGAAAGAUAACUUUUUCCAACAUAACAUGGAGAAUCUAGAAAAUGUUUCUCAGCUGAGCCAUGCUAAAACCUCUGUGGAUAAAAGUACAAAGCAUCUCAACCAUCCUCUGACUUCCAGUACCUGUAAGUCUCAAAGUGAAGGAAAACACACGGAGCUUUUGGAAGCUGAACCUCAGGAAGUAACUCUUGUGGCAGAUCAGUUCAGAAAUGCUAAUGUGGAUCACUUGCCCCAGAGUGAUGAUCAAAUUCACAUAGAUUGUGAAGAGAAUAGAGAUAAUAGGCAGCUCUUAUUGACACCUGUAAAGAUGACAAAUUCUAAGGAGCUUAUGAAAGAUACACAACCAAGAGAGGCCUCAAGCAACCUUCAGCCCAGUAAGUGUUGCCAGCCUGUCCAUGAUGCUAGUGCAGAUAGUCAACAGGAAGAGGUAGAUGUUGUUCCUGAGAGUCCACUGUCAGAUGUUGGUUGUGGUGACAUUUUACCUGGUCAGAAAAAUGUUGUGAAGAUGAGCAGACAAGAAAGUCUUGCAGAGUCUCCUCCUUUUGAGAAAGAAAGUGAACCAGAGUCCCCAAUGGAUGUUGAUAAUUCUAAGAAUAGUUGUCAGGAUUCAGAAGCAGAUGAAGAAACAAGCCCAUGUUUUGAUGAACAAGAAGAUGGUAAUUCCUCCAAAGCAGCAGAUAAAUCAUCCAAAUUUCAAGCAGGAGAGACUAAAAUUGAGUGUAAAAAACAGCAGUGUACUAGGGUAUGUGAAGAUAGUGGAUUGAGCCUUCAGUUUGAAGGAGUAGAGAGUUCUGCUGGAAAUGAUCAUUUACACACCAAAUCCCCUACUAUCUCUGGUCUGAAUGUGGAAUGCAAAGGUCCCAAGCAACUUGGGAGAAAGGAUUCUAAAAUAACAGAUCACUUCAUGAGAAUGCCUAGAGGAGAGGACAAAAGAAAGGAACAGUGUGAAUUCAAACACCAAAGACCAGACAGGAAGAUCCCCAAGUACAUUCCACCUCAGGUUUCCCCAGAUAAGAAAUGGCUUGGAACUCCUAUCGAGGAAUUGAGAAGAAUGCCUUUGUGUGGAGUUCGUCUUCCUCACCUGAGACACUCUGUCAAUCAUACAGUAACUGUUCGGGUAGAUCUUUUGAAAGCUGGAGAAGUCCCUAAACCUUUUCCAACACAUUAUAGGGAUUUAUGGGAUAAUAAACAUGUCAAAAUGCCUUGCUCAGAACAAAAUUUGUACCCUGUAGAAGAUGAGAAUGGUGAACGAACACCAGGUAGUCGGUGGGAACUCAUUCAGACAGCACUCCUCAACAAGUUCAGCCGUCCACAGAACUUGAAGGAUGCUAUAUUGAAAUAUAAUGUUGCUUAUGCCAAGAAAUGGGACUUUACAGCUUUGGUCGACUUCUGGGAUAAGGUCCUUGAAGAAGCAGAGGCCCAACAUUUAUGUCAGUCCAUCCUGCCUGAUAUGGUGAAAUUAGCCCUUUGUCUGCCAGAUAUUUGUACUCAGCCAAUACCUCUACUGAAACAGAAGAUGAAUCACUCCAUCACAAUGUCACAAGAGCAGAUUGCUAGUCUUUUAGCUAAUGCUUUCUUUUGCACAUUUCCACGCCGAAAUGCUAAGAUGAAAUCUGAGUAUUCUAGUUACCCAGACAUUAACUUCAACAGAUUGUUUGAAGGAAGAUCAACGAGGAAGCCUGAGAAGCUUAAAACCCUCUUCUGCUACUUUAGAAAAGUCACAGAGAAAAAACCUACUGGCUUGGUGACAUUUACAAGACAGAGUCUUCAAGAUUUUCCAGAAUGGGAAAGGUGUGAGAAAAAAUUAACUCGGUUACACGUAACUUAUGAAGGUACCAUAGAAGGAAAUGGACAAGGCAUGCUACAGGUGGAUUUUGCUAAUCGCUUUGUUGGAGGGGGUGUAACCAGUGCAGGGCUGGUACAGGAAGAAAUCAGAUUUUUAAUCAACCCUGAAUUGAUUGUAUCACGACUCAUCACAGAGGUGCUGGAUCACAAUGAAUGUCUUAUCAUCACAGGUACUGAACAGUACAGUGAAUACAUAGGCUAUGCAGAAACAUAUCGUUGGGCCCGAAGCCAUGAUGAUAAGAGUGAAAUGGAUGACUGGCAGAGGCGCUGCACAGAGAUUGUUGCUAUUGAUGCGCUUCACUUCAGACGCUACCUCGAUCAGUUUGUGCCUGAGAAAAUCAAGCGGGAGCUAAACAAGGCUUACUGUGGUUUCUUCCGACCUGGAGUUUCUUCUGAGAAUCUUUCAGCAGUGGCCACAGGAAACUGGGGAUGUGGUGCCUUUGGGGGUGAUUCUAGAUUAAAAGCCUUAAUACAGAUAUUGGCAGCGGCUGCAGCUGAACGAGAUGUGGCUUAUUUUACCUUUGGGGAUUCAGAAUUGAUGAGAGACAUUUAUAGUAUGCACACCUUCCUUACUGAAAGAGGACAGACAGUUGGGCAAGUUUAUAAGCUGCUGCUCCGGUAUUACAAUGAAGAAUGCAAAAGCUGCUCAAGCUCAGGACCAGAUGUUAAGCUUUAUCCUUUCAUUUACAAUAUCAUUGACUCCUAUGCAGAUACCACUGACCACAAUGGGAAAAGGACAGGAUUCCGUGGAUUGGAAUGAAUGGGACUCCUCAGUCAUUGUGGAUCCUUUCUUCCCCCACUUCUUCUAUCCCUCCGAUAUGCUGUUUGAAUUGCUGGAUGUAAUAUAUGAACUGGCUUAACUUAAUAUAAUUGUGUAUAUAAUCUUGCAUUUGUAAUCCAGUAUGCUGUCUCAUUUUGGAGAGAUGGGAUUUUUCAGGUUGUCCAUUUAAAACACCUUCAUCCUGAUUUAGAGCUGGUAUUGUUAGGUAUAAUUUUAUUUCUGUUUUUUCUUACUACUCAGCAUAUUUCAGUCCAUAUUCUGUAGGCUCCACAGUCCAUCAGAUUUCUUAUGAAAACCUAUAAAAGGUUAUUCUUAAUCCUUCAGUUUUCUUUUUUGAUGCCUGUAAAUCACACAAAUUGCCUCUGUAGCUAAGUGAGUACCAGUGAUUCCUGGGUGUUCUGUUUAAAAGCCUUGUAGUUGUUUUUUUAUUGACUGUGUUCACAAAUAAUACUUUCUCCUCCAACCCAAACUCAAGGAUUAAUGUGGCUGCAUUAUUUGAGUUUUUAAAAAUAAAGGGUAUGUGUACGCACAUACACAUUUAUAUAUACAGAUACAGAUGCACGCAUACACAUAUGUAUUUCCACACAUGUAGCACAGUAAAAAUGUCCUGGAUUUAAAUAUGUCUUCAAUACAAAAAUCAUUAUGGUUUUAACAGAUUGUGCUGAUGAAGCACCACCUAUAUCAACUUGCCCUUUUUUCUUAAAACACAUUUCACUUUAUAAUAUUUUUGAAGUCCUACAGAGAUGGAGGAAAAGACAAAAGAAGGGAAGAGAUCUGUGUGAAACAAAUAUAGUUUUGAAAGUGUUGAAACUUUAAAAAAACUAGGAUCAAUAUAUACAGUCAGUGGUGGAUGAGGAAGUGGAUGUAGCAGGAAGUUGGUUGGCAUCUGGGACUUGAAGGUAAUUUAUCUUUAUUGAAGUCACUCUGGUGUUUUGGGGAUGUAGAGUUAACAGAUUUUCAACGGUGUAUCAUUUAAAAGCUAUCCUCUCUCUAUGGACUUCAGUGUGUUUAAUUUGUGCCCACAAAAGGUAAAUGAAACUGGGCUUUAUCAGGGACUCUGUCUUCUGUCCUCUUACCUACAGUUAGAUGGACAGACAACUGGAAACCACCUGUGAAAGGCUCCAUUCUUCUGGACAUUGGAGAGAAGGAUUAUAUUAGUGACUUGUUCUAACAUCCACAAUUUAAGCAGAAAAAUAUAUGACCAGGUUUUCAAGGCAGUUCUGAAACAUAAGCAGGCUGUCAAAACUCUGGUUUGUGAUCAGUUAGUAGAAGUGUUGUCCAGGUCAAGUUCUGUUUGGAAGCACUUAUGAACCCCAGAUAUUAGAACUGGCAAGGGCCUCAGCUGUGACUUAGUUAAAUGCUCCCUUUAGAGAUGAAGAGACAAGGCCCAUUGAGGUUUUAAGCUUUGCUGAAAAUCACUUAGUGAAUUAGUGGCAGAACUCAGGUCAGACUCUGGAUGUACUGAUCUCAGUCUGGUGCUCAAGCUCUUUGACUGCUUCCUUAGGACUGCCUGGACCUUGCUUUACUAGAAUUUUGUUGUACUGAUAUUGUACAAGCUUUCCCCUGUUCGGCCCCCCAGGCAAUUCUCUAAGACUAUAAGAUUUACAGAUGAGUUCCUAAUCUGCAUCGGUGCAGGAGAUUUUCAUACCAGGAGUUUCACAUUCUGAUGAAAUCACAGAUGUGGACUAGAAAUAUUAUUAGAAAUAGACCAUUAGCUCAGACCUGGUUUUAUUUUUCUUUAUAUAGAAAUAUCCCAUAUGAUAGUUCAGCCAAUUUUUUUUUGAGCAGUAAUGUAGUUAACACAUGUUAACCAGUUCUCUUCAUAGGGUAUCAAAUCUGUGCUAUAAUGUCGUUAGACUCCUCACUGAGGCAAUUCUGGGUCUACUUUCCUGAACUCUGCUCUUUUGUGAUCUUUCACCUGGAGGAGUAUUUUCAUGGAGCCAAUUACUAUUCGGUGUCAGUAUGAUGACAUUUUGCAUUUGUUGGUACACAUGGGAUUGGUAGUAGCUUUUAUCCCAACAGCCAAAGAUGCUAUUCAUUUUCACCCUAACUUAGCCAAGGGCUUGAAAUUCACUUUUUUUUUCUGUUGUUAGUAUCUUUCUCCUUUCCUUUCAUCCCUCUUAUAUAUUUGGCCAAGUAAUCAUAGUUAAAUUUUAUUUUCUUACCUCCGCUCCAAUAUUGAGUAGACUGUUGUUCUUCAAAUCAGUUCAAAAGGGGCUUCAGUACAUAAUAUCCUGUAGGAAUUAACAAACCCAGGUGAAGGUUACCAGAGAUAAUUGUCUUCCAGACCUGUAGCCCUCAUUCUCACUUCUUGGUGCUGAACUAGGGAAAUAAGUAGUUUCAUCUCUUCUUUCCAAGCUAGUUCCUUUUUCUCAGAUGUAAUAAUAGGACAUUCAGAUGGCAUGAAAUUAACAAAAUAAUAAUUUUUAUAUGGGAAAGAGGUAGAGGAAGCAAUCAUCAUUAGAUGAUCAGUUUCUUUCGCUAUGGGCUAUUCACACCAGAUUGAGACUACUGAGACCUUUGUUAUUCUUCAUCCAGAAAGUACCUGAGCUAAUAAUGUUUUCUCUUUUCACUGGAGUAUUCAAUAAUCAGAGGAGGAAAAAUUGCUAUCUCUGCUGUGAGAUAUUUAUUAUCCUUUUAUCUAUUUGAACUAAAGCUAAUGGUUUUCAUUGUCGAUCUACAAUUUUUUUUCUGUAUAAAUGAGAAUAAAGAAGUGUCUUUAUAACCAUUCAGAAUUUUUUCUAUAUAUCACAUGCAUAGUUCUGAGAAAGUUCUUAGGGGUUGACAGAGGAGAAGGAAAGUUAAAUAUGAAUCAAAACUUGACUAUCAUAUAAUUCCUACCCUAACCUUCCUGGAAAGAGUAAAAGGCAGAAAAGUAAAUGACAUUCAUAUUCUUUACUAAGCACCUGGCAUUGCUCAUUACUCAUGAGUGAGCAUGUAUAGGAUUGGUUCCAACAUCUUAAAGUGGGUGUUUUUAACCCUUCUUCAUUGAGAUGAUGUCAGUAGCACAGCUAGGCCAGAUUAGUGGUUUGGACAAGAACUUUAAGAAGAAUUCUCUCUAUGACCCAUAUACUUCUCAUGAAUAUUACUUUUUUGGUGGAAAAUUAACAUGCACUAAGUUCCCAUCCACGUUUUUCCCCCUCUUCUCUCUAACAAUCUCUGUAGGCUCAUGUAGGGUCCGCUGGAGCAAACUAACUGAUCCAGAGAGCCAGUUGGUAAAUUUUCAUUGUGAGCCUUCACGCUUUAAAAAUUGGGAAAUGUUACAGAUCAGAGCUUUGUUAGUUGUUUAGACUUAAAGCCAAUAGAGAAAAUAAUGCAGAUUAAACUUCAAAGUAUGUCAUGUGUACAUUUGCUUCACCCUGCCAGAGCUGGCUGUUAACAUUUACCAGCAUACAUGACACCAGCCAUCUCAAGUCUUUGUGGUAAAACAAUGAUCUCCUAAGGCAGUCCUACAAUUUAAGGGAUCAGAAUUUUGUCCCAUAUCAAAGCUGAUUAUACAUAUUCUGCCUUUCAGCUAAGUGAAGGGAAAAGGUUGAGGAUGAAAGGCUGGAAUUUAAACCAGUAGCCAAUAGUUAAUAAACAUUUAUUAAGCACUAUGUGCCAGGCACUGUGCUAACAAGAUGAAUUAUUUUGUGUUAGACUUUAAUUGUCACAGGAAGCAAUUAAUAGAAUAGCUCAAAUUGCAAAAAAAAAAAAAAAAGUUUUGGUAUCAUCUACUCUAGUGCCAGUUUUCUUGGCUCUCCCACACUACACUUCUGUAUCUGUCAAGCCAUAAAGACUAACAGUUUGCCAAAUAGUAACAAUUUGUAUCCAUCUGAGUUUGGGUUUUUUUCUGACAGUUUCUUCUAAAUUCUUGCUUAAUGCAUCAUCAUCAUUUUUAUUUUGAGAAUGGGCGGAGGUGUCUGUAUGCUAAUGUUUACAUGAUUUUUAUAGGAAGACAAUAAAGACAUUCUGAUCACA